AUGUAUAUAUUCCCUAAAAAAGCUGACCGUUGCCAAUUUUCGGUGAAAUUUGUUAAUAGGGGUGAAUGGACACCUACAAGAUCUAGUGUUAUUUGCUCGAAACAUUUUUCUGAGGAGUCAUUCGAUAGAACAUUAAAAUGUACUGUUAAUCUCAAACCAAAUGCUGUUCCGACAAUACAUCCAAAGCAGGAAGAAUCACCACCUGCCAAGAUACUAGUACUAUCAAAUACAGUAUUAAGACCUAAUUUCGACUCAUCCCUUCUUCAGACACAAGCAGUUAGUAUAAGACAUCAUAGCAAUAAGCUUAUAUUAUUUAGAGGACAGUAAUCAAUUAAUCUGUAAUCUAUGUAUUUAUGUAAUAAAGAUUAUUUCCAAACCUGAUUUUUAUUUAUGUAGGCACGCAUAAA